AUGUCGUCGUUCGUGCCAAUCAACUUGGCCGAAGACUCUGCCUCCUCAAAGAAGGAGCUAGAAGAAGAGCACACUCGAGAAAUCCAAGUGGAACAAGCCUUCUCUACCUUCCAAAGAGCAUUAGCGUACCAGAAACAAGGCUCACUACUAAAGGCAAAUAAACUCUACGAAGAACUAUUCACCCUAACGGUCAUAGGCAAUCAUUACUUUGAAGAGGAGGCGUAUCUCAAGGGCAUUCAAAAUGGAUCCAUGAACCAUUCAGUUGAUAGUUUGAAUUACGUGUCUCAGAACGUCAAGUUGUUGCGGUACUUGAUCUUCCGGAACCGGGGCUUUCUUCAUUUGGAUCUUCUUCUGAAGGGCCCAGACCUCGUGGGUCAGCUCAUUGGCGACGACGAGAAGGACACCAAAGUGUGUGAUAAGCUGAAAGAAUUGUUUUACACGAUGGUUGAGGAUCUAACUGCUGCUAUCAUUUACCAAGAGGGCGAUGAAGAGGUCAUUGAAUUGCUAUACCAGGUGUUUGUUUAUUUGGGGUUGAUUCGAUUGGUCAGAUUCACUUUAGAGUAUCGGUUGAGUGGAACUGAAGAAAGCGAUGAUGUACUUGGGUUUCUACCUGUUGAUUCUCGUUCUUUACAGAGAUACAACAAUGUACUCAAACAGUUGCAUGUCAGUCAUAGUAGACAAAGUCAUAGUCACAGUGUUACUGAUUUCGAGACAGAGCGCCAGAUGAUAAAUACCAAGUUUGCGUUUCUAGAUGACAUUAGAGACGAGUUCAAGGUCCAACAGCACAACACCUACAAGAAACAAGCCAUUAAAGUUCAAUUGCCGAGUUCUACAUCGAUUUCCUGGUUACAAGUAGUUGAGGCCAUUGACCACAAGGCUAAGAGUUGUCAAGAUAAGAAGAAAAUAGCGGAUAUUGUUAAGAUAAAGUUGAAAUAUGUUGAUCCUUAUUUGUUCUCUGAGACUCCACAAGAAGUAGUUGAGAUAGAAGUACCAGAAGUUCCAGAAACUACUCAUGAACAGCAGCAGGAGAAGACGGAGAAGACUCCUCCACCAGAAACAGCAGCAGUAGAACUAUCAAAGGGAAAAGAUGACGAUAUCAUUGAGCAGACACCGGAGUUACCUGCCACCAAAGAGCCACUGGUUGAUCAAGAAGCCAAAUUCACACAUAGAUCCUCUAAAAGAUUGGCCAAGAAUGACUCAAUGGGCAUAGAACAAAUAGAUUACGUCAUUAGUGGUAAAGAUUUCAUUGAAUCUGAACUGUUUUUCCAAACAUUCAAUCAAUUCCUAAAGCAAAUAGAUCUGCUGGACAAACAUAUGCAAAUCUCCAACAUUGUUGAUUACUAUUUCAGUGAUGAAGAUGAUUCAAAUGGAACAACAACUCCGCAAUAUAUAUCUGACUUCUUGACGAUUAUUGAUGAUUGGACGUCAUCAUUUUCCCACUGCAUACUUGAAAAUCUGUCUGUUUCCAAUGGUCAAGACGGAACAACGGAGAAUAAAAAACUUCUAGAAAUAUUGGCAAAUUAUGGUAAUAAAGUCCUCAUUAAAGAUGUUCCAAAAGACCAAAAAUUAGAUCAUGUUGCAACGUAUGAUUCCAUACUCGACUCACUCAAAGCUCAGCCCUAUAGAAACUUAACUGAUCUCAAGAUAGGUUUGCUAUUGAAGUUCUUCCAACCCCAAAAUUUAAAUGGAAACAAAGUGUGUCUUAUAUCCGAUUUCCAAUUCAAUCCCAAGCUUAUGGAUAUUGUUAAUGAGUGGACUUUACAACUUGAACCGUAUGUUUUUGAAGAUUUGAAUCGGAAACUUGAAGCUGGAACUGGAACCGGUAUCGGUACCGAUAUCGGAGUCAACGAGUUAGAUCUCACCACUGCAGUAAGUUUCUAUGAAGUUUUGACUGAUAUAUAUUACACUCUAAGAAAUAAGAUCACCGACAGAAAAGGUACCACUACUACCAAAGGAGCAAAAGGUCAUAUGCAGAUAUUGGCAAUGCAAGCUAUCAAAUUGAAGUCAAGAUUACAGGCUUGGUUCAAACUCAUUGAUAAUAAUAUCGCUUCAUUAGCACAACCUUUCACGUCUGAAUUGCUUAAACAAAAGGGUCGGUUUUUAUGGGCCAACAUCUGUCUUGAAAAGCUUGAUACAAAUAACUGGAAGAGCACUAACUAUCUUGUCAAAUUAUUGUCUGAUAUUCUUUGCUUCAUUCAGGACAAAUCGCAAUGGUUGCAAUUGUCCAACUAUAACUAUGGCAAUAUCCCAACACUUAACCUUGAAAACGUUAACUCCAUGAUCUCCACUGUAUCUGUGUUAAGUGUCUUUGCAAAGAUAGUCUACGCCGAUAGCGGGAAUACUGAGUCCAUAUCUGUGCUUGAAAGUAUGUUGAUGGACGGAGAAUUAUCUGAGAGACAAUCAUUGAAAGACUUUUUAGAAACAUCUUCAAUUGACCUUAAGUUGAAUCUAUGGAGUAUUUUAUUUGAUCAUUAUGAAAGAGAUAAUGAGCUUAUCAAGCUCCAAAGUGGGUAUGAAAGUUAUGUUCGGUUUCUAUUUGAUUAUAUUCAAAGCCAACAAUACCAAGACCUUCCUAUUAAGAACCGACAAUUGACCUUAUUAACGAUUUGCAAUUCAUUCUCUGAAUCCACCUCCAAGUUUUUAGAGUCCCUUGAAGCGGUAAAGCUUUGUCUUCCCUUGAACAAAGAGGCUCAUGUAGGGACUUUCCUGAUUCUACUUCGAUUCUUUGAAUUAUUCUAUUUAUUCAGUUUACAUGAAGAAGCAGCAAUCUUAACACCGAGGAAGAACUCGGUUCUUUCUGUAUCCAAACGUUCUUAUGCAAGACUCAAGGCUUUUUGCAUUCAACUGGUUUCAAUCAUUAUGAUUUACUAUAAGAACUCCAACGAAGCCAAAGUCUGUGAGUUUAUGAGAGUGGUUCAUGAUCAGUUGGGAGCCAGAAGAUUAUGUGAUAGUGACCACGGCCGAUUCUUAAAGUACAUUCAACAAAUUUUAACUUCCAUUUCAAGUACUACAAUCCCGGAACAGGAUCUCAUUCAAAUAUUACACUGCAGAUACCAUUACAAUAUCACAUGUGACACUUUCACGCCUGAAAACCACGAGACAACUGAAGUUGAAGAGCUAGAUUCUCCAUUGGCAGCAGAGGGGAUCUGCGAUUUUAUACUCCCAGUUUUUUUCAAGGAGAAUCCACUUAUUAAACCACCAAAACAAGAUCUGAAACAAUUAAUUGAAGAUUUAUAUUCGAUUUUGGGAGGUCCUGAUUUUGAAAGCAACGAGAUACUUAAACGGAAUAAGGCAGUGUUAAAUUACUUUUUAGAUUCCGAACGGCUAUCUCCGAGAUUCUUUAGAGAAACUUACUAUGGAUUAUUCACCUUGGAAUUUGAGCCUGUCAAGUCCAAAAAUUUAUUGGUGAUGAGUGGGUUAUACUAUUUACAAGCUCUACUGAUUUUUUCCUCAUACAAACUAAGAAAGAAGAGCAUGCAAACAAGAGCAGUGGAAUUGGAAAGCAUAGUAUUGCUAUUGGAAACUGAUUUGAUCUACAAUUCCAAUAGACUUGAAAGUUGGCUUAUUCUUGGGCAAGUGUACGGGUUUUUAGUUGAAGACGACUUGAUUUGGACCUCCGAUAAAUUGACAUACCCUGAAAGGAAAGUGGGCACUGCCAACUUACAACGAAGGUCCAUUAUCUGUUAUUUAAUGGCUAUUAAUGCUUCAGUCGGUAUACCAAAGAAUAAAAAGAAUUAUUAUAAGAAGGUAAUUGGAAUGUUAUUGGCCAGUUUUGCUAAGGAGCUCUACAGUGCAUGCAUGGAACCAAUGAACGGCCAUGCCUUUGAAGUAUUAGCAAACCCCAAAUUUGUUAUGAAUAAUGGAGCUUCAUCAUCUUCAUCGUUUGUUACCACGUCUAAAAAUAUGGUAUCUCUUAAGACAUGCUUGAAGUUGAUGAAACGAUCACUUCAAAUGUCAGUAGUCAUUAAUGAUGAAGAUUGGACUGUCUUCUAUUACUAUGCUAAGGUAUUGCAAAAAAUGAAACAUGACCCGAAACAAGUUCUUGAUAUUUUGAUUAAAGCUGGUGUACUUGCAAAGGAACAGUCUACUUCUACAGACCGUAUUAUUGAGCCACAUUAUUUAUUAUGUGCUUACAGUUACAAGUAUGUCAAGUCUGACUCCAUGAAUAUUCAAGAUGCUUUGCAGUACUUGAAACAGUCUCCUAUAGUUGAACUAGAACACACUAAGCUUGAUCUUGAUGUUGCUGCUGCCACUAUGACCAAGCCAGAGUUUUAUAAGGUGAUCAUCGAGUGUUUAAAUAAAGUUGACAAUUACGACAAGAAGAAAUGGCACCACAAGGCCAGAUAUAGAUUGGCGUAUAUUCAUUACCAUGAGUUUGGUAAUGUGGAAGCGGCCAUGAAAGAAAUGGGCCUCUUUGUUUCCGUCAAAGCCAGUAACAAGACGUUAGUGCUGAUAUGGAAGCCUGAAAAUGAACGUCCGGGUAAGCAUUUCUGUUAUACAUUUGAAUAUGCUAUGUUCUAUAUUGAUUUGUUGGUGAAGGAAAGGAACUUGAAUGGUUUAAUACAAAUGCUCCCCAAACUAAGAAGAUCGAAUUCCACAAUGAUCAAGUUGUAUAAUGCUUGGGAAAGAUUAUGUGUUGCAGUUUGUGGAUUAAUACGAAGCCUGCUUCAUAUGAAUGAGGCUUUCACUGAAGUGUUUUUGGUUCGUCUUUCGUACAAGAAGUUCAUUGUUAAUUCCAAGCAACUAAUUGAGUCGUUGAAGGCUGAUGGGUUGCCCAAGGAACUCAGCGCACAUAUCUGUCUUAUGAAUGCAGUCAAUGACAUGAAGAAGUUCAACAAUGGGUUUGGUCCAACUGCUUUAAUCGACGACACCGUUGUGGGAAUUUAUAUUUGUUUCUAUAAUUAUUUCCUUCUGGCCGGUAAGUUAGUUGAUGAUUCCACUGCGGUUUCUGAAUCCACAAGUCACAGACCAAAGAAGAUGGCCAAGAGAGAUGUUUUCCCUUUAACCAUUGAAAUGUUGAAGAUGUUGAAGAGAGAUGUAGAUCAGAUACUUAAAGACUCUCCUAAUAUUUUUAAUGAGUUUGUUGAAUUGAACUUGGGGCCAUUGAAUGAAAUGAAGGACGACAUUAAGACAGUGGAAGAGAAAGAGGUCAUGAAUAGUGCAAUGGAAGAGAAGGAGGGCACCAACAGUAUAAUGGAAGUGGAGGUCGACAUUAACAACUUGAGCGGAGCGAAAGACAACAUUAAGCAAGGACUGGAAGAGAAGGACGUCGUUGAGAUUCCUGCGGAGGUUAACAAAGAUUAUACACUGGAAUCAAAGGGCGACAUGAUAUUAAAAUCAAAGGACGUCAUGAAAGUGAACAAAGACGAUAUUGAGUUCAUGAAUGUGGAGGCCAACGACGUGGAGGCCAACGACGUGGAAAUGAACAACCAUGUGGAAGACAACCACAUUGAAGUCAAUGAAAUGGAAGACAACCACAUUGAAGUCAAUGAAAUGGAAGUCCACAAUGACUCUACCGAACCCAAAGACUCAGAAGUUGCGACUCAAUCACAAGACGCAGCAGAAGCAAUACAUGGUACUGAGGUUUCACAUGGACCAGAAGAGGAAGCGAUUGUGACUUCACCUGUAAACGAUAAUGAAACUGUUCUAGAAAUAGAAGAUGUGAAAGCUGAUGUAACAGAGAUCGCUACCGAAGAUGCAGAAGCAGGAGAUAACGUGAUAGUAUUAACUACAGCAGAUGAAGACAAAGUUGCGAAAGCACAAGUUGAUGAUGGAGAACCUGAACCUGAGGAACCGGAGACAAAAGAUACCAUUGACCAUCAGAAUUCAGUUACACCUAUUGGUUCACCAAUUGCUAUUGAAGUCAGCGAUGAGUUCUCGACCCCUAUGGCUGAAAUUGACAUGACUGCAACUGAGCAAAUUAAUGGUGCCACAAGAGGAUUAUUGAAGAAACUAAACUAUACCAAAGAUGAUGAUGACGAAGGCAAAUCGAUUGAAGUUAAUUCGGAAGAUGGUAAUUCCCAAAGUAUGUCUGUUUACUCAAUCAGCUCUGAUUCUUCCUCACCAGCAUUACCAAAUGUUGAUAUCGUUGAAGAGGCACAAGAAGUAGUGCCUGAUGAACAACCAGAACUUAAUCAAAGUGAGCCUAUUCCAACUGAUGCAGAUACAUUAGGUCAAGAGCCCAAAGAGCAACCUUUGGUAGCUGAGGAACAACCUUUGGUGGCUGAAGAACAACCUUUGAUAGCUGAUGAAAAACUACAACAAAACUCGGACAUUGUAUCUGAUACCGAAGUUACUGUUGAUAAUGGACUGAUUGUUGGUGAUGAGGGCGUCGUUGAAGGUAAGACUGAAGAGUCCAAUAAACCUUUUCAGAAGUCACUGGUCAAAGUGACCAAGAAAAGGCAAGUUGAGGAGCUGCCAGUUGUUCUCCGACGUUCCAAACGACAAAGAACCAAACGGGUCGAAUAA